AUGUCCGGGAAAAAGAGGACGUAUGUUAAAAAAGCCAAGUUUGACGGGGCCCAAGAGAAGUUCAACACCUACGUGACGCUGAAGGUGCAGAAUGUCAAGAGCACGACCAUCGCAGUGCGGGGGAACCUGCCCUGCUGGGAGCAGGACUUCAUGUUUGAGAUUAACCGGCUGGACCUGGGGCUGACGGUGGAGGUGUGGAACAAGGGGCUGAUCUGGGACACCAUGGUGGGGACGGUGUGGAUCCCCCUGCAGACCAUCCGGCAGUCCAACGAGGAGGGCCCCGGGGAAUGGCUCACCCUCGACUCCCAGGUCAUCAUGACCGACAACGAGAUCUCUGGCACCAAGGACCCCACCUUCCACCGCAUCCUGCUGGACACCCGCUUCGAGUUACCGCUCGACAUCCCCGAGGAGGAGGCCAGGUACUGGGCGAAGAAGCUGGAGCAGUUGAAUGCUAUGAAGGAUCAGGAUGAUUACGAGUUCCAGGAGGAGCAGGACAAACCGCUCCCCGUGCCCGGCUCCCAGUGCUGCAACUGGAAUUAUUUUGGCUGGGGAGAGCAGCAGAAUGACGACCCCGACAGCACCAUGGACGACCGGGACAGCGAUUACCGAAGCGAGACCAGUAAUAGCAUCCCGCCUCCGUACUACACCACGUCCCAGCCCAACGCCUCGGUCCACCAGUAUCCCAUGAGGCACCAGCAGCAGAGCUCCCGCGACUCGUACACGGACUCCGUGCAGAGCUACGAGAUGGACUACUCGGAUCAGCGGCCCAUCAGACGCUACGAUAGCGUCGAUUCUGCCACAAACGGGCGCAGCGACGCUGAGUCCGCCUCCGAGUCGAGCAGGCGGACCAGCCGCCAGUUCUCCCUUGAAAGCAGGCGGUCCCUAGACCUAUCGGAUAGCCCCACCGGGAGCAGCCGCUACGCCUCGUCCGGGGAGCUGAGCCAGGGCAGCUCCCAGCUGAGCGACGACUUCGACCCCGACAACGAGAGCCUGCGGGGCUCGGAGCUGGACGAGCGGGACGGGGACUCCUACCACUCCUGCCACAGCUCCGUCAGCUACCACGACGACUCGCCCCGCUGGGAGGAGGACUUCUACCCCGAGGAGGAGGACGAGGACUACAGCGAGAACGAGCAGGACUACCCCAAGGCGGAGGCCGAGGUGCCGCGGGACCAGGAGGCGGACGAGGCCAAGCCCCCGGAGCGCGAGCCCUACCCACAGCCGCCGGCGAAGCAACAAGUGCCCCUGCCGCAGGUGCCAGCACUGAAGCAGCAGCAGGAGAGGAAGGAAGAGAAGGCAGCGUAUGUCCCGGAGGAAACUCCAGAGAUCCCCCAGGAAAAGCCAGCAGCGGAGGAGCUCCCAGUCCCAGAGAGAGCGCCGGAGCCGGAGCCCCCAAAGCCAGCGGAGGGAGAGCGGGAGGAGGUGGAAGUCCAGGACGCCAAGUCCCGAGCCAAGGCCAACUGGCUAAGAGCAUUCAACAAGGUUUGCAUGCAGCUGCAAGAGACUCCAUUCUCCAUCUUUUCUUUUCUUUUGGUUCCGGAUUCGCCCCCCUGGGGCAUCGAUUCCCCCCCCGCUGCUUCUCUUUUCAGUUGUUCACCACCCUGGCCCUUGUGGCCGCGUCUCCCCUCCCCGCGGGGUAGGGCGGUGGCCCGCAUGCAGGCCCGGGGAGAAGGAUCUGGCGAGGCGAAGUCGCUGUGGUUUAAAGGCGGGCCUGGCGGCGGUCUGAUCAUUAUUGACAGCAUGCCCGACAUACGAAAGAGAAAGCCAAUCCCCCUAGUUAGCGAUUUGGCUAUGUCGUUGGUCCAGUCCAGGAAAGCCGGAAUCACGUCAGCACUAGCAUCAAGCACCUUAAACAACGAAGAGCUAAAAAACCAUGUUUACAAAAAGACCCUUCAAGCCUUAAUCUACCCCAUCUCCUCCACGACCCCCCACAACUUCGAGGUGUGGACCGCCACCACCCCCACGUACUGCUACGAGUGCGAGGGGCUGCUGUGGGGCAUCGCCCGGCAGGGCAUGCGCUGUACGGAGUGCGGGGUGAAGUGCCAUGAGAAGUGCCAAGACCUGCUGAACGCAGACUGCCUACAGCGAGCGGCCGAGAAGAGCUCCAAGCACGGGGCGGAGGACCGGACCCAGAACAUCAUCAUGGUGCUGAAGGACCGCAUGAAGAUCCGGGAGCGGAACAAGCCCGAGAUCUUCGAGCUGAUCCAAGAGAUCUUCGCCGUCUCGAAAGCCACCCACACCCAGCAGAUGAAGGCCGUGAAGCAGAGCGUGCUGGACGGCACCUCCAAGUGGUCGGCCAAGAUCAGCAUCACAGUUGUCUGUGCCCAGGGCCUGCAGGCAAAGGAUAAGACAGGCUCCAGUGACCCGUAUGUUACUGUCCAGGUUGGAAAGACGAAAAAAAGGACUAAAACGAUCUAUGGAAAUCUAAACCCGGUCUGGGAGGAGAAUUUCCAUUUCGAAUGCCAUAACUCCUCCGAUCGGAUCAAGGUGCGGGUCUGGGACGAGGACGACGAUAUCAAGUCCCGCGUCAAGCAGCGCUUUAAGAGAGAAUCCGACGACUUUCUGGGCCAGACGAUCAUAGAGGUCCGGACACUGAGCGGGGAGAUGGAUGUCUGGUACAACCUAGACAAGCGGACGGACAAGUCGGCCGUGUCCGGAGCCAUCCGGCUGCACAUCAGCGUGGAGAUCAAGGGAGAGGAGAAGGUGGCACCGUACCACGUGCAAUACACCUGCCUGCACGAGAACCUCUUCCACUUCGUGACGGACAUACAGAACAACGGGGUGGUGAAGAUCCCCGAGGCCAAGGGGGACGACGCCUGGAAGGUGUACUUCGACGAGACGGCCCAGGAGAUAGUGGACGAGUUCGCCAUGAGAUACGGGGUGGAGUCCAUCUACCAGGCCAUGACUCACUUUGCCUGCCUGUCCUCCAAAUACAUGUGUCCCGGAGUGCCGGCCGUGAUGAGCACCCUUCUAGCCAACAUCAACGCAUACUAUGCCCACACCACUGCCUCCACCAACGUGUCUGCCUCAGACCGCUUUGCUGCUUCCAAUUUCGGGAAAGAACGUUUCGUCAAGCUGCUGGACCAGCUGCACAACUCGCUCCGGAUUGACCUGUCCAUGUACCGGAACAACUUCCCUGCCAGCAGCCCGGAGAGGCUGCAGGAUCUCAAGUCGACGGUGGAUCUGUUAACUAGCAUCACCUUCUUCCGAAUGAAGGUGCAGGAGCUACAGAGCCCGCCCCGGGCCAGCCAGGUGGUAAAGGACUGCGUGAAAGCCUGCCUCAACUCCACCUACGAGUACAUCUUCAACAACUGUCACGAGCUGUACAGCCGCGAGUACCAGACCGACCCGACAAAGAAAGGCGAGGUCCCCCCCGAGGAGCAGGGGCCGAGCAUCAAGAACCUGGAUUUCUGGUCCAAACUCAUCACGCUGAUUGUUUCGAUUAUUGAAGAGGAUAAGAACUCCUAUACGCCCUGCCUGAACCAGUUCCCCCAGGAGCUGAACGUGGGUAAGAUCAGCGCCGAGGUGAUGUGGAACCUCUUUGCUCAGGACAUGAAAUAUGCAAUGGAAGAGCAUGACAAGCAUCGCCUGUGUAAAAGUGCUGACUACAUGAACCUGCACUUCAAAGUGAAAUGGCUUUAUAACGAGUAUGUGACCGAGCUCCCUGCCUUCAAGAGCCGUGUCCCCGAAUACCCCGCCUGGUUUGAGCCUUUCGUUAUCCAGUGGCUGGAUGAAAACGAGGAGGUGUCCCGGGAUUUCCUGCAUGGAGCGCUGGAGCGGGACAAGAAGGACGGGUUCCAGCAAACCUCUGAGCACGCUCUCUUCUCCUGCUCCGUGGUGGACGUCUUCUCCCAGCUGAACCAGAGCUUUGAGAUCAUCAAGAAGCUGGAGUGCCCCGACCCGCAGAUCGUCGGGCACUACAUGCGGAGGUUUGCCAAGACCAUCAGCAACGUGCUGCUGCAGUACGCCGAGAUCAUCUCCAAGGAUUUCGCUUUGUACUGCUCCAAGGAGAAGGAGAAAGUGCCCUGUAUCCUGAUGAACAACAUCCAGCAGCUCCGUGUCCAGUUGGAGAAGAUGUUUGAAGCCAUGGGGGGGAAGGAGCUGGACGCCGAGGCCAGCGACAUCCUGAAGGAGCUGCAGGUGAAACUCAACAACGUCCUGGAUGAGCUCAGCAGAGUUUUUGCCACCAGUUUCCAGCCGCACAUUGAGGACUGCGUGAAGCAGAUGGGCGACAUCCUGAGCCAGGUGAAGGGCACCGGGAACGUCCCCGCCAGCGCCUGCAGCAGCGUCGCUCAGGACGCCGACAACGUCCUUCAGCCCAUCAUGGACCUUCUGGACAGCAACCUGACUCUCUUCGCCAAGAUCUGCGAGAAGACGGUGCUGAAGCGGGUGCUGAAGGAGCUCUGGAAGCUGGUGAUGAACACCAUGGAGAAGACCAUCGUCCUCCCGCCGCUCACCGACCAGACGAUGAUUGGGACGCUCUUGAGAAAACAUGGCAAGGGGACAGAGAAGAGCAGGGUGAAGCUGCCCAGUCACACGGAUGGCACCCAGAUGAUCUUCAAUGCAGCCAAGGAGCUGGGGCAGUUGUCCAAACUGAAGGACCACAUGGUGCGUGAGGAGGCCAAGAGCCUGACCCCCAAGCAGUGCGCCGUGGUGGAGCUGGCCCUGGACACCAUCAAGCAAUAUUUCCAUGCGGGAGGAGUGGGGCUGAAGAAAACCUUCCUGGAGAAGAGCCCUGACCUGCAGUCGCUGCGUUACGCACUGUCUCUGUACACGCAGGCCACCGACCUGCUCAUCAAAACCUUCGUGCAGACCCAGUCGUCUCAGGUCCAUGGUGGAAAAGGUAUUAGGUUUACCCUUAGUGAAGAAAUUUAUCCUGAGAAGGGAGCUGGCGUGGAUGACCCAGUCGGGGAGGUGUCGAUCCACGUGGAGCUCUUCACUCACCCUGGCACCGGGGAACACAAAGUCACUGUCAAAGUCGUGGCUGCUAAUGACCUCAAGUGGCAGACGUCCGGCAUCUUCCGGCCCUUCAUCGAGGUCAACAUCAUCGGGCCCCAUCUCAGCGACAAGAAGAGGAAAUUUGCCACCAAGUCCAAGAACAACAGCUGGGCCCCCAAAUACAAUGAAAGCUUCCAGUUCACCCUGAGCAGUGAGACGGGCCCCGAGUGCUAUGAGGUGCAGGUGUGCGUCAAGGACUACUGCUUCGCCCGGGAGGACCGCACGGUGGGCAUCGCUGUGCUGCAGCUCAAGGACAUCGUGCAUCGGGGCAGCUGUGCCUGCUGGCUGCCCCUGGGCCGGCGCAUCCACAUGGACGACACGGGCCUCACUGUCCUGCGCAUCCUCUCGCAGCGCAACAACGACGAGGUGGCCAAGGAGUUCGUCAAGCUCAAGUCAGACACGCGCUCGGCCGAGGAAGGCAGCAGUUAA